AUGGUUCUCGUCGAGCUGACUUGCGUCAUUGUCGGUGAGGGUCGAGCGUUCGAUGUGGAGAUCGACGACGGCAAGAAGGUUUCUGCGUUAAAGGAGAAAAUCAAGAAGAAGAAGCCCAACACGAUCAAGGUUCAACCAGACGACCUGAAGCUCUUUCUGGCGAAGCAAGGCGACGAGUGGAUGGAUGUGGAUGCCGCUGAAGCUUUGAGCCUCAGCGAUGAUGGAGGCCUACCAGGCUUUAAGGAGAUGAACCGCAGGUUUUGGCUCAAGAAUGAAGAGCACUUUGGACUAAACUUUACGCCACAGGAAGACCAAGUUCACGUGCUUGUGGUGGUUCCAGACGAAACGGAAUCUUAA